AUGGCUACACUCGGUCAUGUUUUAGAAGUAAACAAAGAACUUUGUAAAUUGUGUAAUAGAAAAGCCCUAACAAAUACAGUGGAAUGUGAAAAUUGUGAGAAUGUUCUUCAUUGUUGUGACUUAAAAAAUAUCCCAGUAACACAGGAUAAAGCUAUAUGCUGCGAAGAUAACUACACAGAUGCACUGGGAACAGAAACACUGGAUGGAAAAAUAGCACAGCUUAAACUCGAGACAAAAGAAAAAACUGAACUGACAGAAAUCAAAGAAAAGAUCACUACAAAAACAAAUACCAACAAUAAAGAAAAUAAUUCUACCUACCAACAGGCGGCGCCUGCAGCACCAAAAACAAACACACACAAAACUGAUGACAGACAAAAAACAAAUGUAAACAAAAACAAAAUAAACAAUCAUGAAACCAAAAUUAAUACCGGAUUAAAAAUAACAGGAUCGGCUAAACCAGAAGAAAAUAUAGUAUUUAAAGCAACAGAGAAAAAAGAAUGGAUCUAUGUAGGAAGAGCUAGACCCGAAACAACCGAAAAACAUAUCAAAGAUUAUCUUAUUUCGAAAUUCCCAAACGAAAACUUUGAAAUCAGCGAAAUAAAAAAACACGAAAGCAGCACAAGUAAAAACAAGUCAUUUAAAAUAGGCAUGCAGUAUAGCAUAAAAGAUGAAGUGCUAAAACCAGAAAUAUGGCCUGAAAAUCUCAUCAUAAAGAAAUUUUGGUUUUUUCGACCAGACUACAAAAAACAGUAA